AUGAACCGUUUCCUUGUCGCUCUUCGCCCACUUUCGCGCGCCGUUGCUCGUCCACAAUUCGUGUCCCGUGCUUCUUCCAUUCGUUUUUUCAGUGCGCAGACAUUUCUCGAUCGUAAUGAAGUCAGUGACCGUGUACUGGGCGUUGUCAAGAAUUUUGAAAAGGUGAAUGCUGAUGUUGUGAAGGAAAGCGCGAAAUUCCAAGAAGAUUUGGGACUGGACUCACUGGAUGUUGUGGAAGUUGUGAUGGCGAUGGAAGAAGAAUUUACGAUUGAAAUUCCAGACAAUGAAUCGGAGAAACUCCUUACUCCAGCGCAGGUCAUUGACUAUAUUGCUGCGCAUCCCAUGGCCAAGUAA